UUCCAAAUUCCAAAACCCACCCCCGAGGCGAGGCAAGGCAGGGCAAGGAAAGGCAUCGCACCCUCGUCGCGAUACAAAAAGCGCCCCCGCAUCCCACCACCCCGCCCCCCUGAACGCCGAACCGCCCGCCCGCCCGCACGCACGCGAUGAUCCAGCUCCUCUUCACCGUGCUGGCCGCGGAGGCGGGCCUGGCGGCCGUCCUGCUCUUCAAGACGCCGCUGCGGAAGCUGGCCAUGCUCGCGCUCGACCGCCUCAAGCGCGGCCGGGCCCCCGUCAUGGUGCGCACCGUCGCCGCCACCGUCCUCGUCGUCCUCGCCUCCAGCCUCCACAGCAUGGCCAAGAUCCACGGCCACGCCGGCGCCGGCGAGCUCGACGCCCCCGGCGCGCUCAGCCCCACCGACCAGGUCCUCCUCGCCCGCCACCUCCUCGAGGCCUCCCUCAUGGGAUACAUUUUAUUCCUCGCUCUUGUCAUUGACCGGCUACACAGCUACAUCAGAGAAAUGCGAGGGCUGAAGAAGAACUUGGAAGCCGUGUCGAAGCAGAACAAGACAUUGGAAGAAGCAAGAUCUGGGAAGUCCGACGAGAGCAAGCCACACCACAACGACAUGGCUUCGCUGAAUGAGGAGAUUAAGAAGCUGAAGCUGCAACUGAAAGAAAAGGCGCAGGAGGCCAAGGAUGCAGAGGCCAAAGCAGUAGCUGCCCAGACACAAUCUGAAGGUCUAGCGCGCAAAUACGACAGCCUGCUGGAGGACAACAAGCAUCUCCAUGAACAGCUGCAGUCAGGAGGCAUCCCGCUGUCGCGUUCGGAUGGCAAGAAGAAUGCCUAAGACGUGGUUAGUCCUCAUCAAGUCAGGAACUCGUGGACGCCUGAAGACAGUUGCGAGAUGAAUAUGACGUCAGUUACUGAUAAUCAGCCAUCAGAGUAGUACCAUCUUUACUGCAUAAAUGCUCUGUUAUUAGGCACCAGAACGCAAAAUAUCGCUCAAUCUCUUACAGCCAGGUUAGCCGUAAACAUCUGAUGCUCGCUUGUAAACAUCUGAUGGUAUUUGACUGAAUGCUGUUGGUCUGAUCAAAGUCAUAGAUAGAACAUGAGAAGCAUUCAUAUCUCGACAAA